AAAAACCGACAAGAAAGAAACUUAUAUGAUCCUACUUGUUUUUUAAUGGGACAAAAUCCAGUCCCCUGAUAAUGAUAAAGAGAAGUUACAAGCAUGUGAAUUGUUAUGAUUGCAAGUAUCUAGUUAUUUCAUCAUCAAGAGAAUCUGAUGACAUCAUCAUUCACAGAAGACUGAAAUAAUAAACACAAAAACUGGAGAGUACCAUAGAACCAAUAUUAGGUUAUCUGAUUUAUGAUUUUUCAAAGGUCUUAAAAGUUCUUGCUUGAAAACUGUCUGCCCUCUUAAGAUUCUCCAUAUGUCUUCCCAAACCACUAUACCAUAAAUGUUAAGUCUUCAAGGAAGAAACUGUAUAAAAUUCCUGCAUGAUCUUAGGAAAACAAAAGUAAAGAAUGAGAUACAAAAGAAAAAUUCUAUUAUUAUUCAUUUUAUUAUCUCUAUGGGCCUUGCAAAGAGAGUAUCGAUUCAGCACAAAGAAACUACAGAGGACAUAUCAAUGCUGGUCUGUGAAUACUCAACCAGAAUUAAAUCUAUCAGGCUGGUUUUUCCCCAGAGCAUCCACGAAUGCAACUACCAACUGGUUAGCUCCAGUUGUGUGGCAUGGCACUUAUAAAGAAGAAGUACUGGAAAAUUAUUAUGCACAUCAUAAAAUUACUGUGGGGCUGACUGUGUUUGCUGUGGGAAGAUAUAUUGAAUUCUAUUUGUUCAACUUUAUAUCAUCUGCUAAUAAGCAUUUUAUGGUUGGCCAGAAAGUCAUAAUUUAUGUUCUGACAGAUAAUUUGUCCAAGUUUCCUUGGAUACAGCUGAGUCCCCUCCGGACAAUCAAAGUUUUUGAAAUUAAGCGAGAGAAGAGAUGGCAAGAUAUUAGUAUGAUGCGCAUGAAGACCAUCAGCGAGCAUGUUGUAGAUCACAUACAAUAUGAAGUUGACUACCUCUUCUGCAUGGACGUGGAUCAAGUCUUCAUGCAGAAAUAUGGAUUAGAGACCCUAGGGGAGUCAGUGGCUCAGAUGCAUUCUCAUUGGUAUAAUGCACAUCCUAUAAAGGUACCUUAUGAGAGAAAUAACUUAUCAGAAGCAUACAUACCUAUUGGUAAGGGAGACUUUUAUUACCAUGCCGCUGUAUUUGGUGGCACUCCCAUUCAGGUUCUCAACAUUGCCAGGGAGUGCUUCAAAGGAAUCAUGAAUGAUAAGAAAAAUAACAUUGAAGCGGUGUGGCAUGAUGAAAGUCACCUAAACAAGUAUUUCUUUCUCCAUAAACCUACUAAACUCUUAUCUCCGGAAUAUAGCUGGGAUAUUGGUAAAAAACGUACUGGUGAAAUUAAAGCUAUUAAAAUCCGUUGGGCUCCUAAAUAUUAUAACAUUCUUAGAGCAACACAUAAUAUUGAAGCCCUUCCUUUACAGUUCUGAAUUUAAGAGCAUUGUUUUGUCUUAUAUCUUAGAUAAUUAGCACUUGACAAAACUUAGCACUAAAAAGUCACUAACAAAAUGGCAAGCCCACCAACAUAGCAUACUCAUACUUUCAUUUUGAACUGUGUAAAAUGAGAUGUAGCAGUUGCAAAAAGAAUGUGUUGACAACAGAUGAUAACAUAGCUAUUUCAUAUUCUCUGUGAAUGUUGAGGAUAUAUUAUUUGUUGGAUCACAUUCAACAAAAUAGAACCUGUCACAAGAAAGUGAAACUUGAAAUAUUUUCAUUGAUCAAAGUAGGUAUAUAUGCAUUUCUCAUAUUGCUUAAGGAAAGGGAUUAUCUAAAAGUGUGGGUAAGGGAAAGUCACUGCAACUAUACUAAUAUACUCUCUAUGUAAAACUUUGAGGACAUUAAAGCUGCCACCAGAUGGGCAGACAAUUACUUAGGAAAUUUUGAAUCAUUCAAAAAGAACUAUGUAUUUUAAAACUUACAAACUUUUUGUUAUAAAAACUAAUGAAAAUAAAAAUAAUAUACGAGAAAA